GCUUCUCAAAGCUAGCCCUGUUGUCGUGCAGCCUGUCAGACCAGGGCCUUUAAGAGCCAUCCAGCAGCCCCUUUUCCAUCUCACCCACCCCUUAACAAAAUAAAAAAGAGCAGUGACAGAAAUGACAAAGUACAUUACCCUGGAAAUCGCUUGGGUCUGGGUAGCAGUAUCUCUAGCCAGGCUCCUCUGAGGCUUGUCUGACCCAACCUCCAACAUAAUCCUUUACUUCUUACAGAUACAAGGGAUAAAGCAGCACUACAUGACCACCUCCAAAUGGCCCUCCUUUGAGAUCCGAGGAGUAACUCCUCUUUCAGCCAUGUCACAACCCAGAGUAGGAGAAGGCCGGAGCCCUGUGAGACAAGAAUGUCAGAUAUCUCAUUGACCCAUAAGCUCCUAUACCAGGGCAUCAGAUGAGGGAAGUGGAAUCAGGGAAUCAAAAUGAUUUAGGAAGUGUGGGGCUUGGCUGUCCUACCUCCAAAAGUUUACAGUCCUCAUGGAGAAGCAGAAGCAGACGUUGCUUACAGAGGAGGAAAAAACCGUGUGUGGUAGCUUUUGCCUUCUGUCCAGUGUUAACGAGACCAUCUCUACCUGACCAUUAGACCCUUACUCUCCCAGAGCCCCUCAGGUGGAAGUCCCAUCCUGGCUUUUUUCAGUAGCUCAGAGAAGUCCCUUCACUUCACCCAGGGGAUAAGGUUUUAGAAUGGGGGAAGGAUGUCUCAGGGGGCACUGGAGAGAAUAAAGCAGUACUAUGCAUGGUCUACACUCCCUUUCAGGAUGGCAGCAAGGUACCCCUCCAACCAUCAAUGGAUAAAGAAUGCAAUCUAGUCUGGCUGACAGGAGACCUCUGAGAAUUCAAAGUCUCCUUUCUCACCAGUUUCCAGCCUUUGCUUCCUAAAGGUUUGAGGCUAGAUCGAUGCUUGAGGGUGUAAAAACAUGACCACAGGAAGACAGUGGCUGAAAAAAAUCAAAAGCUAGUUCCUCAAGUAGGUCUGGGGCAGGUAGACUCGGAGAGGUGUGUGGACCUCGGGGAAGGCUGUUUAUAAUUUCAUCUUUACGUUCAGUCAUCCAAAGUCACCUAAGUGAGUAUGCAGCCUGAACAGACACUGCCCUUCCUUGAAUUUAGCCAGAACUGACCUGUACACGGUAGAUGAAAAACCAGGACACAGUGGCUUUGGGGGAUGGGAGGAGUCAGGGUCCAGCCCAGCCCAGACCUCCCCGUGUCCAAUUUCUCUGUGUCAGCUGUGGCGCUCAGCUGUCCACUUUCCUCCAGCCCUGUCAUUUCAGCUCUGACACCAAGGCGAGAGACUAGGAGGUCUACAAAUAACGUCUGGGUAGCCGCUGUGAGUACAGAGGGUACUGGGGGGGCUUAGCCCCCAAGGAAGAGGACCAGUCGUCCCCCAGCACCACCAUCAAGACCCCAGGGGCUCCCUCUUUCCUCCACAGACUGUGGACUGACUUAGGGAAUCCCAAACGAUGACAGAAAAGGAGGUGCUGGAGUCCCCCAAGCCCUCCUCCCCAGCAGAGACUCGGCAAAGUGGGCUACAGCGGCUGAAGCAGUUAUUCAGGAAGGAGUCUCCUGGGACGAAGGAGAUGGAGCUUCCCCCAGAGCCCCAGGCCAAUGGGGAGGCAGUGGGAGCUGGGGGUGGGCCCAUCUACUACAUCUAUGAGGAAGAGGAAGAAGAAGAGGAGGAGGAGGAGGAACCACCCCCAGAACCUCCUAAGCUUGUCAAUGAUAAGCCUCACAAAUUCAAAGAUCACUUCUUCAAGAAGCCCAAGUUCUGUGAUGUCUGUGCCCGGAUGAUUGUGCUCAACAACAAAUUUGGGCUUCGCUGUAAGAACUGCAAAACUAACAUCCACGAACACUGUCAGUCCUAUGUGGAGAUGCAAAGAUGCUUCGGCAAGAUCCCCCCUGGUUUUCAUCGGGCCUAUAGCUCCCCACUCUACAGCAACCAGCAGUACGCUUGUGUCAAAGAUCUCUCUGCUGCCAAUCACAAUGAUCCUGUGUUUGAAACCCUGCGCACUGGGGUGAUCAUGGCAAACAAGGAACGGAAGAAGGGACAGGCAGAUAAGAAAAAUCCUCUAGCAGCCAUGAUGGAAGAGGAGCCAGAGUCUGCCAGACCAGAGGGAGGCAAACCCCAGGAUGGAAACCCUGAAGGGGAUAAGAAGGCUGAAAAGAAGACACCUGAUGACAAACACAAGCAGCCUGGCUUCCAGCAGUCUCAUUACUUUGUGGCUCUCUAUCGGUUCAAAGCCCUGGAGAAGGACGAUCUGGAUUUCCCGCCUGGAGAGAAGAUCACAGUCAUUGAUGACUCCAAUGAGGAAUGGUGGCGGGGGAAAAUAGGGGAAAAGGUUGGAUUUUUCCCUCCAAACUUCAUCAUUCGGGUCCGAUCUGGAGAGCGUGUGCACCGCGUAACGAGAUCCUUCGUGGGAAACCGCGAAAUAGGGCAGAUCACUCUCAAGAAGGACCAGAUAGUGGUGCAGAAAGGAGAUGAAGCCGGCGGCUACGUCAAGGUCUACACCGGCCGCAAGGUGGGGCUGUUCCCCACCGACUUCCUGGAGGAGAUUUAGGCGUGCAGGCGCCUGCUGACCGAAGAUACCCAUGCCCCAUUCUGGGCAGGCCCAGGGGAGGCUGGGGAGGAAAGGGGCGAAAGCAACUAUGCUGGAAGUGGGGAGGGGUGGGAAGGCCCGCCAGAGCGUGACGGGCCUUCUGGGAAGGGACUGGUUCCCGCCCCCCCCUCUCCCCCGGCCUAGGGCCUUGGAUACCUGGUACCCAGAACGGCCUCACCUGCAACUCCUCAGGCCCAGCCGUUGAGAGCUGGAAAAAGAAUGCGUCUCCACUAGGAGGCGCCCUGGGGGUGUGGGAGGCGAACUGUCGAAUGUUGCGAAUGUAUUAAAGUUUUGAAAAAAGUUAGAAAA